AUGGAUACAGAAGAUUGGACUACACAGCAAACUGGUGACAUCAUAAAUACAGAAGAUUGGACUACACAGCAAACUGGUGACAUCAUGGAUACGGAAGAUUGGACUACACAGCAAACUGGUGACAUCAUGGAUACGGAAGAUUGGACUACACAGCAAACUGGUGACAUCAUGGAUACGGAAGAUUGGACUACACAGCAACCUGGUGACAUCAUGGAUACAGAAGUUUGGACUAAACAGCAGAUAUCAUUGUACUACAUACUAUCACAUGGCUACAAGGGUCAUUGUCAGGUUACCACCAAGAAGGAGGCUUAG